AUGCCGAGUUCUUGCCCUAAAUGUGGUGGUACUGAUAUUGACUACGAUCAAGCACGAGGAGAUGCAGCUUGUACGUCGUGUGGUGCUGUUUUAGAGGAUAGUAUUAUCGUCUCGGAAAUCAGCUUUAAGGAGAAUGCUAUGGGAGGUGCUAGUGUCAUUGGACAGUAUGUAGCUCCCGAUGGUAAAUCUCAUGGAUAUGUUGACGGAUUUCAUGGUUUUAGCAAAGAAUCGCGGGAAAUAACGCUACAAAAUGGAAAGAAGAGAUUGACUCAAUUAGGGCAACAGCUAAAACUGAAUCAGAAUUGUAUUGAUAUGGGUUAUCGAUUUUUUAAAAUGGCUGUCAACAAGAGAUUAACUAGGGGUAGAAAGACAUCUCAUGUUGUUGCUGCUUGCUUAUACAUUGUAUGUCGUGUAGAAGACAUGCUGCUCGAUUUCAGCGAUAUCUUACAGGUUAAUGUGUACGUGCUGGGUAAAACUUACUUAAGGAUCACCGCAGCCUUAUCCAUCAAUAUUCCAGCUAUUGACCCUUGUUUAUACAUUCAUCGUUUUGCAAACAAACUGGAAUUUGGCGAUAAAACACACGAUGUAUGUAUGAUGGCGUUAAGAUUAGUUGCUAGAAUGAAACGUGAUUGGAUGCACCAUGGUAGACGCCCAUCGGGCUUAUGCGGAGCUGGUCUUUUAGUUUCUGCACGACUUCAUGGUUAUAAUCGUACGAAAAAGCAGAUAAUCCGUGUAGUUCGAGUUUGUGAAGCUACACUUAGAAAAAGACUUGGCGAGUUCGAAGAAACCCCAUCGGCAAAGCUUACUAUAGAUGAAUUUCAAAAGAUAGAUUUAGAAGAAGAGCAAGAUCCUCCAUCAUUUACGCAAAGUAGAAAGCGUGCUAAACAGUUUCAGGAAGAUCCAGUGAUAUCAACGGAUUUAGCAGGGGAAGUUCAAGCUAUUCAAGAAGAGCUUGAGAAGGUGCUUGAAAAGAAGCGAUUAUUAGAAGAUGUAGAACAGUCCAACCAAGAAGAAGAAAAGAGGGAUAAUAUACCUGUCUUAAAUUCUACUAACAGUUAUUGUACAAGGCUAUCAGGCCCAUUGCCAACCGUUGAAACUGUAUGUGGCAGGACCCCAUCUCUUGCUACACAAGAAUUUAACGAUAAAGGCGUUGAGGAAGAUCUUUCAUAUGUUGAUGAUGAUGAGAUUAAUGAGUAUUUGUUAGACGAAAAAGAAGUUGAAAUUAAAACUAAAGUUUGGACUGAAGAAAAUAAAGAUUACCUAACUGCGCAAUUAGAAAAAGCAAGUCGAAUUGAUAAAGAUUCUAAUGAUAAACCUGAAUCCAAAAAGAGAAAGAGAAAAUAUAAAAGAAAUCAACUUAUUUCACCAGCAAAUUCGGUUGGAGAAGCAAUUGAGAAAAUGCUCGCCGAGAAAAAGAUAUCUAGUAAAAUCAAUUAUGAAGUAUUGAGGGACUUAACGGAAACUAACGCUUGCACCACUAGCAGCGUGGAAAAGAAUUCGAACUCGGCUAACACUUCGAAAGAUACAGUCAACCAGAGAUCUACCUCUACUCCCGCAUCAUCUAGUAAGAAAAUUUUGAAGACAAUACCUGAAGAAGUUUUGUCGAGCGAUGUCACUGUAGAAACUGGACCGAUUGCCUAUGAAACUGGACCAAUUGAAUAUGAAAGUGUACCUACAAAUGAUAAUGAAGCAACAUUAACAAAUGAAAUUCUAUAUGAGUCUAACUCUGAUGAUUCGGAUUACAGUAGUUAA